UGUUGAUUGAAGCCUAUUGUCCCCAUUAUCUUCAAAUGAUCAAGUCGUUCUUAGUCCUAGUCAAGAUGGUUAUGGGAUGACGGACUUCUACUCGAUCGCAUUGUCAUAGAGCACGAUGGCGCUAACGUCGUGGAAGUCCUUCAAGUUCUUCGAGGUUUCUGAGGUCAAACUACCGGAAAGCGAGAGGACCUUACUCUCUGAUCAAGGCGGCAUCACCUGCGUCACCACCGGAUCCGACAAUGUCUUCUUCGGAAGCUCCGAUGGCGUCGUUCGCAUUCUAUCCCAGGCGUUUAAAGUUGCCCGGUCAUUCAAAGCCUACGAUUCCACGGCCAUAACGCACAUGAAACAGGUCCAGGGGACCGCAUUACUGGUCACGAUUGCGGAGGAUCUGUCAACCGAUCCCGUGCUGAAGUUGUGGGCUCUGGACAAGAUUGACAAAAGGACGGGAGCGCCAAGGUGCCAGACGACGAUACAUAUACGGAAUGGUGGAAAGAGGUUCCCAAUAUCUGCUUUCGACGCCCUCGAAGAUCUCUCUCAACUCGCGGUCGGGUUCGCUAAUGGGGCAGUGACGGUUGUACGGGGGAAUCUGAUCCACGACUUGGGAAACAGCCAAAGAACCGUCUUCGAAUCGGAGGAGCCGAUCACGGGCAUUGAGUUCCGCGUAGGAAAUGCGAUCACGCUUUGUAUAUCCACCACCUCAAGAAUAUCGAUGCUAGCGAUUUCCGGGAAAGGACAAGGUCAACCCGCACGAACUCUGGACGAAUCCGGAUGCGGAGUAGGGUGUCUGGCCCUGGACCCAAACACAAGAGAGCUGGUUGUUGCGAGGGAGGAUGCGAUACACUACUACGGUCCAAGAGGUCGAGGACCUUCGUUCGCAUACGAAUGCCCGAAGAAAUCGGUCCACAUACAUAACGACUAUGUUGUCAUCGUCUCCCCUCCACAGUCGAAUACACUACCCAGGUCAGCGCCAAUGCGGACGUUUGGUGGCACUGCAGCAGACGACCUCUUCAGUACUUCAAACUUCACGAUCUUGAAUACCGAUUUGAAAUUUAUAGCGCACCAGGAGUCCCUACGUGCCGAAGUGAAGGCCGUCUUCAUGGAGUGGAAUGACAUAUUCGUGUUGACAACAGAUGGAAAGCUUUAUCGGUACCACGAGAAGUCGCUGCAGCAGAAGCUAGAGCUCCUUUAUCAGCGAAACCUCUAUGUCCUUGCCAUCAACCUGGUGCAAAAGCUAGGGGUGGAUCGUUCCCAACAGAAUGUCAUAUAUCGCAAAUACGGUGACUAUUUAUACCAGCGACAGGACUACGACACAGCCAUGCAGCAAUACCUGAAAGCGAUUGACAACACCGAGCCAUCACAGGUGAUUCGCAAGUUUCUGGACACCCAACGGAUCCACAACCUCAUAGAUUACUUAGAGGAGUUGCAUGAGCACCACAGAGCCACGGCCGACCACACGACCUUACUCCUGAACUGCUAUGCAAAAUUGAAAGAUGUUGAGAAACUCGAGGAGUUCAUCAAAUCUCCCGGAGACCUGAAAUUCGAUUUGGAUACCGCUAUCGCAAUGUGUAGACAGGGUGGAUACUUCGACCAAGCAGCCUACCUUGCACGCAAGCACGAAGAACAUGAGCUGGUCGUGGACAUUUUGAUAGAAGAUUCAAAACGAUAUGCGGAAGCAAUUGCAUAUAUCUGGCGGCUUGAGCCGGAAACUGCGUUCAAGAAUUUCAUGAGGUUUGCCACGGUCUUGCUUGAGAAUUGUCCUCAAGACACUACAAAGCUCUUCCUCGACUAUUACACUGGCCAGUACAAGCCCAAGAAGGAUGCGGUCGUGGUAACCAAUAACCCCACUCCCACAAGUUACGGUCUCGCCACGACUGCCACAACCGCUGUCCAGAAUCUGGCUGCUCUUCUGCCACUCCCUUAUAUGAAUACUAGCACCGUCCAAAGUCCUAGCUCAGCCAGCGACCAACAAACCACGGUGAGCCAGGCUCACAUUGUGGAGACGAACGCAGAUGAUCCCCCAGCGGACUAUGAUAUCCCUAAGCCACGAUCGGCUUUCCCGGCUUUCGUCGACCACCCGGAACAGUUUGUCGUUUUCUUGGAGGCGUGCGUUAAGAGCGACGAUGUCAAGGACGAAGACCGAGUGGAUCUAUAUACGACGUUGUUCGAGAUGUACCUCCACAAGGCGAGCUCCUUGAGAGGGGACGAUAAGAAAGCCUGGGAAGACAAGGCCCGAGAACUGGUGGACGACAAGAAGAUCCCCAUGGAAACCUCCAAUGUCCUUCUGCUUUCCGACCUUGAAAAUUUUAAAGAAGGGAGUACCCUUGUCCGAGAGCAAGAAGGCCUCUAUUUCGACAUCUUCCGCUCGUACACGCGGGCCAAAGACACCGCCGGCGCAAUCAAAGCGCUCCGAAAAUACGGUCCCGAAGAGCCGCAGCUCUAUCCCGCCGCGCUCCAGUACUUCACAUCUAGCGAAGCGAUCAUGCACGAAGCCGGCGCCGAGUUCGAAACCGUGCUAAACAAGAUCGAUGACGACGGCCUAAUGGCCCCGCUCCAAGUCAUCCAGACCCUCAGCACCAACGGCAUCGCCACCAUGGGCAUGAUCAAGAAAUACCUCAGCAAGUCCAUCGACCGCGAACAGCAGGAGAUCACCAGCAACCGACGCCUCAUCCACUCGUUCCGCGCGGACACCGAGACGAAGCGCGGCGAAAUCGAGGAGCUAACAAACAACCCCGCGACCUUCAAAGUCACCCGCUGCUCCAUCUGCGGCGGGACGCUCGACCUGCCCGCUGUGCACUUCAUGUGCAAGCACUCGUUCCAUAAGCGUUGCCUAAACAUCCAGGACGACGCGGAGGAGCAGAAGGUCGAGUGCCCGGUGUGCGCGCCGCAGAACGCGACCGUAAGAGCAAUUCGGAAGGCGCAGGAGGAGAGCGCGGAUCGGCAUGAUAUGUUCUUGGAUGCGUUGGCAAGGAGCAGGAACAAGUUUGAGGUUAUCACGGAGUGGUAUGGGAGGGGGGUCAUGUCGGCGCCGACGCCUGAGUAGCGAACUUUGGGGGUGGACGUUUAAGUGGCUCCGGUUGCCAAACCUGUCGCUAAAUAUGUAGAGAGAAUCAAUGAUACCCCAUGAAUAAAGAC